CCGUGUCGGGGGGAGCCAGUGUGAGUCCAGCUGUGGUAGGGGUGCGUCGCUCGCCCCUUCGCUCCGUCCCUCCUCCACGUGCCAGCCCUCACGACCCAUGGCACCAACCCACGGGGCCACCAAACACUAUGGGCUGUAGAUAACGAGUGCCAUUGUGCGUGUAUGAAUGAGUGAUCGCCCGCUGCUGCCACUACUCUAGAUUAGCGGAAAAGUAGCUGGAAAUAGAUAAAAAAAAAGAGAAAAAGAAAGUUUGGUGAAGAGAGGAGGAGUGAGUGUAUCUGUGUGGUUAGAUGUGGUGAUGUGAUGUGGCGGUGGCGCAGGUGUGGUUACUACCUUGGGAUGUGGCGCUGUGCCCUCCCUGUGGAAAAGAGACAGGGAGACGUGUAGAAAGGGAGAGAGAAGAAGGAAAAGAAGUGUGAAGUGUAAGAGUGAGUGAAGAGAGAAAUUGUGAAGAAUAAAAGAAAGAAAAAAAAGUGUGUUGUUUUUGCGUUGAUAAGAAGAUUCCGCGUGGCUCUCUGCAGUGUUACCAGCAGAGAGAGAGAGAGAGUGUGUGUGUGUGUGUGUGUGUGCGUGUGUGUGGAGGCCGCGGGACAGCUCGACACGUCACACACACACACACACUCCACCACCACCACUAACACGCCGGCCCCGCCCCCCAGCCCCCUUCCGUAGAAGUGCAGGCGCUGGGAUGAGGGGGCCGAGGAGACGACGGUGGCUAGGAGAAGAAGAGGAGGAGGAGGAGAACGAGAGCCCCACAGCAACACCCACACCACAGCCGUACCACAGUGGCUGGAGUGGCGGCGGUGCUGUGGUGUGGUGGGUGUGCUUGCUUCUGGCCCUCCUGAGUGUGGUGGGGUGCGUGGGGGCGUUCCAGGACCGGGCUAUGGUCCCCUCGCGCCCCGCAUGCAAAACUGUGCCAUCGAGGGGAAGUUGGCCCGAGAAUGUGGAUGAGACGGAUGACAAGUAUCUGUUUCUGGGCUUCCUCCCGACGCGGCGUGGGAUGAGAAUGGAGCGGCUGGGCAUUAAGAUCCCUGGGGCCUUCACCUACUCCGUCAUGAAGGUCAACGAGAGUGGAAUCCUGCCGGAGGGAUAUAAGCUUCGUUACGAGUUCUUCGACACUCACGGCGAUGAGGUGGAGGGCAGCAGCAUCAUGGUGGAUCUCCUGUGUCGCAAUGUCACGGCUCUGUUUGGACCGGAACACACCUGCUUUGUGGAGGGAACCAUCGCACAGGGACAAAACCUGCCGCUCAUAUCAUACGGCUGCACUGACGAAAAGGCUUCCAAAUUCACCACCUUCGUCAGAACCAACCCGUCUGAGAUUUACAUCAUACGCACAGCAGUGGCAGCAAUGAAACACAACAACUGGACUCGCUUCUCUGUGAUAUACGAUAAGGACCAAGAGAGCACUAAGGACACUCUGGUAAGGGAGGCGGUGCUUUCUAACAUGACGGUGAACCACGUGUAUGAAUACGACAAGGAAAGACUCUACCUCAUUCUCGACCGCACCAAGAACGCAACCCGGAUUUACGUUUACGUGGGACACCGGAACCUUGUAAGUCAGUUGCUGUCGGUGAUGUCAAUGACUGGAAUGUUCCCCAGCGGCCCUGGCCCUAAGGAGUACCUGCUGCUGUACAUAGAGAAGGAGGAGUACAACACGAGGGACUGGCUGGAGUAUAUCUGGGGCGAUGAGGCGACCAUCCAGGAGAAGGAAUGCCGAAAUAGUGACAUCAAGUCCUUCGAUCAGGCGUUCAUGGUGGUGGCCAACAGGGCGCCUAAUAUCAGCGAGUUCUCUCAGAUGGUGCGGGAAUACAACAUGCGCCCCCCUUUCUGUCUGGGAAGCGAAGAAAACAGAAGUGACAGACUCCGGCGACGGUCCCCCCUACCACCACCCCUCCCAUUACAGGAUCACCCGCAGCAGUCUCUUCAAGAUUAUUGGCACAUCCCUUACCUACCCUCGGCACACCUCUACGAUUCGGUCCAGCUGUACGCAAGAGUGGUGGCCGAACUGUACGAGGAGCUGAAGCACACCAACGUGACAGUGCGUGACAUUGCCAGGAACGGGACGCUAAUUAAGAACAAGAUGCGGAAUAUUACCUAUGAAAGCAUCCUCGGUUUCAACAUGACCAUGAACAACAACGCCACGAGUGAGGGGAAGUACAGCGUGUAUCUCUUCUCAGACUGCCCCAAACACAUCCCCUCAAACUGUUCCCUCUGCCUCCACAAGAUUAGCGACUACCACAGCGAGAAUCGCUCACUGGACGCAGAUGCAAUACGGUUAAAGAUCCUGGACGAGCCUGUGUGUGGCUAUGACGGUCUGAAGUGUGACACGGGCCAGAAUUACCAGAAGCAGAUCGCGUGGGUCCUCGGCAGCAUCCUCGUCCUGUGUCUGUUCAUCUCAACCAUUCUGUAUCGCAACUGGAAAUACGAGCAGGAGAUUGUCGGCCUCCAGUGGCGCAUAAACCAGAAUGACUUGAUCAUGAGCACCAAUCACGUGGCCGCAGGAAGCCGGCAAAGUCUGGUGAGCGCCUACUCCUUCGAUCUGCACGGGGAGUGGUUCCAGAACUUGGCCAAAUACAAGGGCGUGGUGGUAUGUGUGAAGCUAAUCCCUCUUAAUACACGGCGCCCGGAGCUUGGUAGAAAUUCUAUGAAGGAGAUGAGAAACAUGCGAGAGAUGAAGCAGGACAACGUGUGUGCCUUCAUUGGGGCUUACGUGGAGCACAGCAAGGUGGCGCUAGUGACGGAGUACUCCCCUCGCGGCUCCCUGCUGGACAUCCUGGCUCUGGAGGACAUGAAACUCGACAGCCUCUUCAUUUUCUCCCUCAUUCACGAUCUCCUGAGGGGCAUGAUCUUCCUCCACUCUCACUUCGGACCGCACGGGAACCUCAAGUCAUCAAACUGUGUGGUGAACAGUCGCUGGGUUCUGCAGAUCACAGACUUCGGGUUGAAGGACCUUCGCUCUGAGACACUGAAGCAACUUGAACGUGACGACCGAGUGCAGUUCCAUAGACAGAUGCUGUGGAGAGCGCCGGAACAGUUGCGGGAAGGGAUAGACGCGCCGUGGACGAAGGAAGCAGAUGUCUAUUCAUUUGGUAUUAUCUUCCACGAGGUGAUUGGACGCCAGGGACCCUACGGCAUGUACGACGGGGUAGCCAACGACAAUGCAGCUGACAUCAUUCGUAAGGUCAGAGCCGGCAGUACAGAAGCUGGGUCACCUUACCGCCCUGACCUUAACAAAAUUGUCGACAUGCCCUUCGGUUCCAACACUGCUGUCCGGAUCGCCAUGCAGAUGUGUUGGUCUGAGUCACCCGCGGACAGACCAAGCUUUAGGACCAUCAAGCUUAAGGUUAAAGGCAUGAAGGAUAAGAGCAAGCGAGGCAACCUGAUGGACCACAUGAUGCAGAUGAUGGAGCAGUACAGCAAGAACCUGGAGGAGCUGGUGGCCAAUCGCACUCAGGCACUGCGCGACGAGGAGAAGCGAACCAAGGACCUCCUUCACCGCAUGUUGCCCUCGUCCGUGGCGACGAGUCUGGCCCAGGGCAUCGCAGUGGAGCCCCAAGGAUUUGAUGCCGUCACCAUUUACUUCAGCGACAUCGUUGGCUUCACUUCACUGUCUGCCGAGAGCACUCCGUAUGAGGUGGUGACUUUCCUCAACGAUCUGUACACGCUAUUUGACAAGAUCAUUCGCGGCUACGAUGUGUACAAGGUGGAGACGAUCGGUGAUGCCUACAUGGUGGUAUCCGGCCUGCCCAACCCAAAUAGUGGCCGACACGCUGGGGAGAUCGCGUCCAUGGCCCUCGAGCUGCUGGAUGGGGUUCAGAACAAGUUUGUGAUAACCCAUAGGCCUAACAAGAAACUGCUGCUAAGGAUUGGUCUACACACGGGGCCUGUCAUCGCCGGUGUGGUAGGCCUAACCAUGCCUCGCUACUGCCUCUUCGGAGACACUGUCAACACCGCCUCGAGGAUGGAGAGCAACGGAGAGCCCCUGAGGAUCCACAUAUCCCAGACAUGCAGCAACGCCCUGGAGAAACUCGGCGGUUACCUGACGGAGAAGCGAGGCCUCAUCCCCAUGAAGGGCAAGGGGGAGGUGCUCACUUACUGGCUCAACGGUGCCACCAAGGAGGCCAUUCAGCGACGGGAGGUGUCUGAGUCGCUGCCGCCGCUGCUGCAACAGAGCGACGCUGAUGCGGUGGGUGAGGUGAGGCGGAGGAGCCCCAGACUCAGCUCACUUGGCAAUCGCACCUCCAGUGUCCGCAGGAGUGUGGAGGAGCCUGGGGACCAGAACGGUGGCCUGGGGCUGUUGGGGGAUGAGGCGCGAGACUCCCCGCGGUCUGAAGUAUUCCGCCGCCGCCGUCUCAGUCACAACUUCCGCACCUCCAGCAUCGACAACACCCAGCGCGGCAGUCUGCUGUGCCCGCCGGUGGCCAGCCCGGUGGGGGCACUCAUCGCCGCGGAGACCGUGCCCCAGAGCAUCAGUCUGGAUUGCCUCAACCAGUCUGGCAUGAGGCUGGAGGUGCCAGUCCUGCAGAACACCACCGCGGCGGCCUCCCCGUCCUCCUCCGAGCCCACGCUGCCCAUGGAAGACAAGCGGGGCGUCAACUUCUGUCCAUCGGCUCGCGCAGGCGGGACGAACUUUCCGACGCAGGGGAACGGAGAGCGGGAACCGAUGCUGGGUGGGGAGAGCCGGGAGGAGCCGCGGGAGGAGGAUGUAGGGACGCGUGGGGAGAGCAGUCCCAUUUCCCACGCCCAGGCAGGCAAGCCGGCGUCCUUCAAGGCUCUGCUCGCUGGUUUCCUCCCGCACUCCAAGCCAGCGUCCAAGUUCAUUAAUGGCCUGCGUCGGGAGAACCUGGUCUAGGGGCGCCACUGUGGCCCUCCUGGUGGUGCUGUGUGUCCUGUGGCGCUGGGGACACUGUGAUGUGAUGUGGGACUUGCCAAUGCCCUCCUGGGAUAUUCCACAGGAGGCCGAGGUGUACCAGUGGAUGUGUUUAUAUUUUUAGCCAUAUUUUGGGACAUUUUGGCAUAUCAUGGGACAGUGUAGUGUGUUUUGGGGCGUCUGUUAGUACUGUAGCGUGAGCGAGAGUGUGUGUGUGUGUGUGUGUGUGUGUGUGUGUGUGUGUGUGUGUGUGUGUGUGUGUGUGUGUGUGU